GAGUUUGAAAAGCAGAACCGAAACCGCAGAUGUGGGAGGCUGUGAUGUAGAAGGCCAGUGGAAUGAAAGCCCACGGUUUAUUUACCCCAUCACGGGCAGUACUGCAGUCAUUUCACAGAAUGGAGCUCGACACACGCACAGCUUCCAUGUGAUCUAAACGUCUGUAGAGUCUUCAGAGCAUUCUACCUUCAAAAACAUGGAUUUCAAGAACCAAAAUGUUGGCUUUGAACUACUCUUGGCACACAUGAAUAUUGGAGACAUCAUCGAGGCUGUGGAGAGGCUUUGCUCAGACAGAGAGGACGAAGAGGAGUCAGGCGAGUCACUUGUGGAGGGUCUGUCAGGAGAUAAUAUGGAUGAAAACGAGCUCUCGGAUGACAGAGCCUCGCCUGACCUGGUUUCCCGUGUGCAGAACAAAGUGAGGUACGGCAAUGUGACGGACCUGCUGGCGUUUGUCAACAUGGUGUCCAACACACCUGCCUCCACACUGUUCAAGCUAGAGGAGGAGCUCGGGGUAGUGCUGAACAAGACAGACAUGGUUAUAAAGGAGGGCCGCUAUCGCAUUGAUUUAGACGUGCUCCUAUUUCCGUGGAGGCUGACCUACAAGGCUCCAGGCUCAGGCCACGUUCCCAAAGGCUCUUUCGGGAAAGUCCACUUGGCACAAGACGUCGAAACACGCAAGCGAAUGGCAUGCAAACGGAUCCCUUUGGAGCACUUCAAGCCAGCAGAUGUGGAGAUCCAGGCUCGGUUCAGUCAUGAGAACAUUGCUGAACUGUACGGGGCUCUGCUGUGGGAGAAGAGUGUGUAUCUCUUCAUGGAGGCUGGAGAAGGAGGCUCGGUUCUGGAAAAGCUAGAGAGCUGUGGUCCAAUGAGAGAGUUUGAGAUCAUUUGGGUCACACAACAGGUUUUGCGUGGGUUGGAGUAUCUGCACUCGCACAACAUCAUACACCACGACAUCAAACCCAGUAAUAUUGUGCUGAUGUCUGCCAAAGCUGUGUUGGUGGAUUUUGGCCUAACAGUGCAGAUGACAGAAGAUGUGUACACUCCUAGAGACCUCAGAGGGACUGAGAUGUACAUGAGUCCGGAGCUGGUUUUAUGUCGAGGACACAACACAAAGACAGACAUCUACAGCCUGGGCACCACCAUUAUUCACAUGCAGACCGGUAGCCCACCGUGGGUGAGAAGAUACCCACGCACCGCAUACCCGUCGUACCUCUACAUAAUCCAUAAGCAGGCUCCUCCUUUGGAGGACAUAUCAGAAGACUGUAGUCCGGCUAUGCGAGGUCUCCUGGAGCGAGCUCUGGAGAGAGUCCCGUCGCGGAGGAGUUCUGCCACAGACCUCCUGAAUGAGGAGGCCCUCCACCCUUCACGAGAAGACCAGCCUCGCUGCUGGAGUCUGGACUCUGCUCUUGGAGACAGCACACACCCACUCAUACGCCAACACAGUCAGAUGACUGAUAGCACACAAGACUCCUCAACCUUCAACACUGAAGAUUCUGGGCCGUUUAAAAGAAAAGGUUCCCUCUACAUAGACCUCGGCGCUCUAGCUGGCUACUACAACUUUGUCCGUGGACCACCGACUGCAGAGUACGGCUAGAAGAACCUUGAGGACUUUUUGAAUGUACACUUAGUUGGGACUUGUAGGACAUGUAUAAGGUACCAAAGUCCUGAAGUUACAGUUCAUGCAGACCAUGCAUGCAUAUGGAACCUGUGCUUCAUAACCACUGGCAAUUCAGUCACCUCAAGUAUCAGUUAAAAAAGGCUGAUUUUCUUGAUGAUGAGCUGGAAAUUACAUGUGCUCAUUCAGUCUGCAGUCUGGUAUAGAAACUGGAAUAGCAGUGUCAGUAGAGUUGUAUCUUGCAUGCUUACAUUAUUACCAUUAGUGCUAUUAAUGACAAAAAGGAAAAAAGAGCAAAAAAAUUCUCUCACUUUGGUGAUUGUGUAUAUAUCAUCCACAAUUAAUAAACAGUGAGAAACUGGUCCAUGAAGUCUAUAAAGGAUUAUAAAGUGGAAAAGUUUAAUAGCGCUGCAUUAUAGCAAAGAUACUCAGAUGUGCAUGUAAGUGGAUUAUAUUGAUGAGACAUGGAUGAACAGUAUGGAAGAAAAUUCUGAUUUGAUACUUACUUUUAUUGGGGAAUGUGUUAUCACUCAUUUUAGCAAUGCUGGGUUCUGCACUGUUGCUGAUCUGUUUCACAUUUUGCAUCCUUUGAGGCUGGGCCUUUUUAAGACCAUUCAAGAGUUUGUUGUUUAAUUAUUAAUUAAUUUUAUACAAUUAGUUUGAUGCUCCACAAAAUCUUUGGUAGAGUAAAAGACAGAAAAAAAAACUGUAUAAAAGAUUGGGCAAGAAAAUUGUCUAUCCUCCAUGUUCUAGAAGUCAACUCUACACAAACUUUCAAUAGGAUAUGCUGGAUCAAAUCCUUUGUCUGUGUAAGGAAUGUAUUUCCUGUGUGGCUGCAGGUUAUCUUACCAGUCAAUUUAGGAGCUAUACUUGAUUAGUAUAUUUUCAUUCUUUAUUCAGUUAUUAGAUGUGGUUCCUAUUUGGAUGGAAUGAAGCUCUGCAGCUAUAGUAUACUAGCCCAUUGUGGAUAAAAUUGAACACCCUUGGUCUACUGUAUGUGCUUAAUGUGCAUUGAACGUCUGUUGUGUUGAGCACACUAUAAUCAUUACAAUACAAUGCACGGCAUUACAGAAUUUAGCAUUAUAUACUUAUUGCUUGGUGGGACACUGGAUGUUUGCCCAUGUAUGUGUUUUCAGUACUGUUGUCAUUUUCAGAUGUUCCUGGAAAAUUUUAACUUGUUCCUGUGGAAUGUGUUUUGCUGAGUACUUGCAGUGCAAACAGUCACAUUGGAUCACAUGCUUUAGCCAAGAAUUACAACACAGCUGUAGAGUGGCACAUAUCUGUGGUAGUUUUGUAGCCUCAUUUAAUCAUACACAGAAAUGUUAAAUAUAUUCACUAUACUGUACCAAUUAAACAUUUCUGAUGGUGUACUUUUAUUUUUCAUUAUUUGCUUUGGUGCGUGGUCUUUUCCUGACACCAUGAGUCUGGUAUGAAUGUACACUGUGUUGAGAUUCUGCAGAAGGAUAUAGAUUGAACAUGAACUUGUUGAUACAUUUUAUUGAAGUUAUCACAUGUUUUUGUUUAUAUUUUUUUAAUUGUCUAUGAAGUAAAUAAACUUUAAAACCGAA